AUGGGUCCAUGCUUUAGGAACUAUUUGAAUGCCCUAGAGAAGAAGUCCAUCCGCGGACCUGCGAUUCCCCUGAAUUCAACCAGGCGUACGAGGGACCCUCAGGUUGAAGAAAUGAUCAGACAGAUUAAGAACUUUAAAGUUGUUUUGCAGAAUAAUGUGGAAGAUAAAGCUCUAUGGAGGCAGGGAGAUGGGAUUUUUGGCGCUCAUUUCUCAACAUUCUCAACUUGGGACAUGAUUCGAGAGAGGCGUCAAUCUGUCCCAUGGCAAAAACUAGUCUGGUUUAAACAGGGAGUUCCAAGGUUUGCUUUCAUCACCUGGUUGGCGGUUAAAGACAGGCUCUCUACUGGAGUUAAAAUGCGAACUUGGGGUCAAAAUCAAGGGUGUCUUUUUUGCGGGGAUCCGGAGGAAACGAGGGACCAUUUGUUCUUCGCGUAUCCCUAUACUUACACGCUCUGGCUGCAGGUAUUGGGGACGUUAAUACAGCCAGCACCAUCACCGGAUUGGGAGGAGAAUGUUCAAGUACUUCUGGCCGGCUCUCAUGGUUUGCUGGUCUCUAUACUUGUGCGUUUAUCUUUCCAAGUUACAGUAUACUACUUAUGGCGUGAAAGGAAAGAAAGAAGACACUCUCAGCGUACCAGAACAGUGGAUCAGCUAGCAAGGAUAAUUGACAAAACCAUCAGGCAGCGCAUUCUUUCCACCAGAUAUGCAGAGAAACCAAAGUUGAGAGACUUACUUCAGUGUUGGUUUGGAGCUCAUAUGAGACAUAGUUAG